AUGGGUGACAAAGGUGACGGAGAAACCUUUGAUGAUGCGGUAGAAGAAAGAGUGAUUAAUGAAGAAUAUAAGAUAUGGAAGAAAAAUACACCAUUUUUGUAUGAUCUGGUGAUGACACACGCUCUGGAGUGGCCCUCGUUAACAGCACAGUGGCUUCCAGACGUUACUCGACCUGAGGGAAAGGAUUAUUCUGUCCACAGAUUAAUCUUGGGCACACACACAUCAGAUGAACAAAACCACCUAUUAAUUGCCAGUGUUCAGCUACCAAAUGAAGAUGCACAGUUUGAUGCCAGUCACUAUGAUAAUGACAAAGGAGAAUUUGGCGGCUUUGGCUCAGUGUCUGGUAAAAUUGACAUUGAGAUCAAGAUUAACCAUGAAGGUGAAGUGAACAGAGCCCGUUACAUGCCACAGAACCCAUGUGUCAUAGCUACUAAGACACCUUCCUCUGAUGUGCUGGUAUUUGAUUAUACUAAACAUCCAUCAAAGCCUGAACCUUCUGGAGAAUGUCACCCAGAUCUCAGACUGCGUGGUCACCAAAAGGAAGGCUAUGGUCUAUCCUGGAAUCCUAACCUCAAUGGUUAUCUUCUUUCUGCCAGCGAUGACCACACAAUCUGUCUGUGGGACAUUAAUGCUACCCCAAAAGAGGGCCGCGUUAUUGAAGCCAAGUCUGUAUUCACUGGACACACUGCCGUGGUGGAGGAUGUUGCAUGGCACCUACUUCAUGAAUCUCUGUUUGGAUCGGUUGCGGACGACCAGAAGCUCAUGAUUUGGGAUACCAGAUGCAACAACACGUCGAAGCCGUCUCAUACAGUUGACGCACAUACGGCAGAGGUGAACUGCCUCAGCUUCAACCCUUACUCGGAGUUCAUUUUGGCCACAGGCAGUGCUGACAAGACGGUAGCACUAUGGGAUCUUCGCAACUUAAAAUUAAAGUUGCACUCAUUUGAGUCGCACAAAGAUGAGAUCUUCCAGGUGCAAUGGUCACCGCACAACGAGACCAUCCUCGCUAGCAGUGGCACUGACCGGAGGUUGCAUGUCUGGGACUUAUCAAAAAUUGGAGAGGAACAGACAGCGGAGGACGCAGAAGACGGACCUCCAGAGCUUUUGUUUAUACAUGGAGGUCACACCGCCAAGAUAUCCGAUUUCUCAUGGAAUCCCAAUGAGCCUUGGGUCAUAUGCUCAGUUUCUGAAGACAAUAUUAUGCAGGUAUGGCAAAUGGCCGAAAACAUCUACAACGACGAGGAGCCCGAGACGCCCGCGUCCGAGCUGGAGUCGGGCGUCAACGUCAACCACGGCUAG